UAAAAUAUUUUGUUUUCUUUAUUUCUACGCGUUUUAUAUUGCUGUUUAUACGUUUUGCUCAAACCUGAAAGUCUCGUAACACCGAAAAAUUUUACAGAAAGUUCGUUCUGCAAUGUUUCACACUGACGGUAGAGUUCAAAAACCAUAAUGUUAUCUUCGUUUUCCGAAACGCGUUUCGGCGCGUGCGGACCGACAUCUAACGGAGGAGUCGGAAUGGAUUCCACCGGGUGCCUUACGCGGCACAGUGCUUGGGUGCAUGAGUACCGGGACCUGCAGGCGAACGUAAUGUCGGUGGAUUGGACUGGCUCAUGGAUACUGCUCGCCGGCAGGAGGCAGCUGGCUCUUCAAUCGAUGCGUGAUUAUGAGAUUAGCUGCGAGUCGGCCAGUGCAACGAGAGAGGAAUGUACCGGCGGUGCCGGUGGUUUGAGUAAAUUUCCACGACUCUGGAAGUACGAAGUGUCCGCCGCCGAGUGGGCUAUAUGCCAAAAUAGUCAAGAGUACUGUGCGAUUGCGACCAGCCAGACGAUUGAGGUUGUCACCUGGAAGUCGGGACUGCCUACGUUGAAACAUUCGCUAAGGGCGCAUACGAGAAUGAUAACGGAUAUCGAUUGGCACUCAAAGGUGCCCCACUUGUUGGCGAGUUGUUCGAUUGAUACUUUUACUCACUUGUGGGAUCUGCGGGAUCCCCGGAAACCUGUACUGUCCUUGAAUGCUGUUUGUAUGUCUGGUGCUAGUCAGGUUGGAUUCAAUAGAGUAUCGGGUAAUCUAGUAGCCACGGCUCACGAUGGGGAUUUGAGAAUUUGGGAUCAGAGAAAAGGUUCUUGUCCGAUACAGUAUAUAACGGCUCAUUUGUCGCGAAUUCACGGAAUCAAUUGGAGUCAUGAUCAGGAAACCAGUUUAUCGACUGCCAGUCAGGAUGGAACGGUAAAGUAUUUUGACAUUAAUAAUCCAAGACGGGCGGAAAAAAUUAUCACGACAUCAUGUCCGGUGUGGAGGGCACGUUAUACACCUUUUGCGGAUGGGUUGGUUACGAUUAGUGUUCCUCAUCAGGGACGAGGGGAGCAUAGUUUGUUGAUGUGGAACAACUCCAAGCAGGAUGCUCCAAUUUGCUCGUUGGUAGGUCAUACGGACGUUGUUCUGGACUUUGCAUGGAGAAGGAAUAGUUUGGUCCAUUCAGACCCGGAGCUUAUUACCUGGUCUAGAGAUCAGACGUUGCGGGUGUGGCGAAUCGAUGAAGAAGUUCGAAAGCUUUGCGAGCGUUAUCCACCGGAAGACGAUGAUGGGUUGAUUAUAGAGGAAGGUACUGCUUUGAGUAAAGUCAGCUCGGGAAAUAGUAUGAAAAGUCCGACUCGAGAAAAACAACCAUCAGUGUCACUGCAGCAUGAGUUUUCCUUGUUGAAUCCUAAUAUUCCCCAUAUAGAUAUUGAGGUGUUAGACCCAAUUAAGCGUACUGCUACAGUACGAAUCUCUGUUAACGGUUAUGUUAUUAUGCUGCAAGUGAAUUUUCCGCAGCUUUAUCCCAAUAAUGGAGUCGGUCCGGAGUUCGUUUACUGUCAGGGAACUUCACUGGAUGAGAAUCUGUCGGUGACUUUGAUGAAAGUUCUUCGUAUGACCGCAAGUCAAAGAGUUAGGAAAGGUCGAACGUGCUUGGAGCAAUGUUUGCGAGCGCUGGUGACGCAGUUGAAGAAAUCCUCCAACAACGGAGACAAGCAUUUACGUCUCCAAUCACCUCGAUUGGAAGGAGCGCUGAGCAGUGCUCUGCACGACGCUUGUGUUCCCUUCCCGAAGACUUCUGGAGCUCGGUUCAGUCAAGUUGGCAUACUGGUUACGUUCUCUAGACCGCUGAAUACCAAACGAAUCAGUUUGAAGCAUCAAAACACAACACCCCGGGCGCUAUCUGCGCUUAGCGGGGGCUAUCUAGGAAAUGUGAUGGGAUCACAACCCAUUCUGUAUGCUCAUCGCGAUUCAAGCGCGUCGUCUUUCUAUUUGCACGAUCGAAAAACAUCCAGAACGCGUGGAACGGUGCCAAAAACGUCUGUUGCAAUGGUUAACGUUUAUGAUGUUUCAAAAAUUCUGUACGUUAGUAAGGAGCUGGCGGAAAACUACAUUAUCAACACUUCGAAUGUUUCAGUUAUGUGCCGUCACAACAAGCAGGUGGCGGAAAAGUAUGGCCGACCGGACCUGGUUCAGUGCUGGUCGCUAGCGGAAAUGAUUGCCCAGCCGAAUACGGACUUCGACACUGAUGAUGAUAUGCUCUGCUCGCAGAAUCCGUUCGCCAAAAGCUUGCUGGAAUCACUGAUCAACCAUUUUGCUAAGAUAUACGACAUCCAGACGGCGGCGAUGCUUUGCUGUGCUUUCGGACGGCAUUGCCCGUCUGCGUUUGAGUUGUCCCGAAGUUCUAGUUCCAGCAGUAAAUCUGCCAACCAAAGCCACUUACUUAGUGGUCUUCGCAAAAUCAAGCCAAGCGGAUCUCCCUACCAUACCAUUCUGCCGGUGGAGAGUACCAACUCCAACGCCGUUUGGAGCCUAGCUCAACAGUUGAAGCAUCUACGGAGUAACUCGUGGUCGGACUCGCUGGACGAUUGUCGGAUCGCCGGUCUUGGCGAUAUUAAUCGCAGCCUGCUGGGAGACAGCAAUCGUUACCUGUACGACAAUUUCAAGCGUUCCUACGCGGAGAUGCUGUACCGUUGGGGUUUACUGGUUACGCGUACCAAAGUGCUAAAGUAUCUGUCUAAUUACGUUGAUCCUCCCCGUUGUGUGGAGUUCGUUACAGAAUGCUUGCACUGUGGCCGGAUUGGUUCCCCGGCGUGCUCGUCAUGUCGGAAGCUGGUCCUAUAUUGCACACUCUGUCGGCUACCCGUUCGAGGGGCAGCGAAUGCCUGCUUGAACUGUGGCCACGGUGGGCAUACAGAGCAUAUGCGAAUCUGGUUCGAGAAGUACGACGAAUGUGCCACCGGAUGUGGAUGUCAUUGUUUGAAAAAGAGCUCGGCACUUUGUGAAAUGAAUUAA